AUGGGUAGCGUCAUGAGUAUGGGCAUCCCGGCAGCGGGUGGUGCCAGUGCCAUGAACAGCUAUGUAUCCCGUCUAAGUGAUGAUGAAGUCAAGCGCUUCACGGACGGAUAUUGGCGAAUAUGCCGCGUUGAAGGCGAAUUGACGUCGUCAGGUGCAACUCCUUCGUCUUAUGCGAGCUCUUCUACCACCAUCGGGAGUAGUACCAACUCACCAAUAGCCGUCGGUGCAGUAUCAGAUAAGGCAAGUAAGUCUUUACUUCAUAAAAAUGUGUUCCGAAACAAGGUCCUUGGAGCUUUCACCAUGAUUCCGCACGCGCUCUCUGACCGCUUGUUUCAAGUGCUGGAUACUGAACACUCGGGCGAGUUGAGCCUUGACAAUAUACUUAGUGGUUUGGCUUGGCUCAAGCAUGGUACAUAUGAAGAGCAGGUAGAGCUACUAUAUAUAAUUUACGACCUGGACACAACCGGUGAAGUCUCUCGUGAGAUAUUAGAUAGAUUUAUGGACGUUAUUUACGGCCGCAGACGAGCAAGACACACCACUACGGUAGCAUUUUUGGAUAAAAUCUUUUACGGUCGAUCUGUUCUCAGCUUGCAAGAGUUCAAAAAGGUCGUGCGACUGAAAGAUGAGCGCGGAGAUGUACUAUUAGUCAAAUGGCUAGCAGUACUAGCGGCAAAAAUCGGCGCUGACGAAGAUCCGCAAAUUUUAGCUUUGGAAAAAACGUACAACCCAGUAGCUAUUCGUCGACGCAUCACACAAGCGACGUCAUUCUCUUUGGCAGAGGUCACGGCGCUGGAAAGGCAGUUUCAGAAGAUGUUUGAGCUUAAAGGAGGAGCAAGCACUAGAACACCGAGCGCACGAUUCGUCCACUUGCUAAGUGCAAAGGGAUUUAUCCCAGAGAUGCUUUUAAGCAGAGAAAACUCAAAGGAGAACAAGAUCUGUCACAUUUUUCGGAUUUUAGCUGAUCGAAGUACGACUAUGACCUUAGAUUUGUCAACAAUGACGAACUUUAUUCAUGUUGCCGCUUAUUGCAACACAAUUGACAGCAAAGAGGAUGCAGAACGAGAGAAAAUCCGAGAUAUCGAAGAGAUGUUGGCAACGCAGACUGCCGAAAUAGGGUGGGAUAUAACAAGAUUUACUCAAUGGGCGACCAGAUCGGUAGUUGUGGAGCGUUUGCUUCAACAACUAGCUUUUGCAGCAUGCAUUCUGUUUGGAUUGAAACCUGAGUCAGCUUACCUUGAAAAAAGAAUUGUGGAUGAGCACUGGCGUGAAGCUGCUCGUGUUAUGGGUGUUGGACAAACUUGGAACCUAGUGGGGGCUGAAUGGUGGCGAAAAUGGUGCGAUUAUGUAGGCAUGGAUCUAAAAAACGGAAGUCCAUAUGGAUCAUUGCCUGUGCCUCAAAUUCCUCCGAACACAUUGGUUGAAUCAGCAAAAAAUAUUCGAGGGAACGUAGCCUUACGCACCUCCACCUUUAGCAGUGGUACAAGCGGCAGCAAAGUUUUUCGACCUGGACCGAUUGCCAAUUGGAGUCUUCUGAUGCAAAGUGGAAGCAGGAGGCUCAAAGAGAAGCUAGUACUGGCUAGAGAUUUCUAUAUGAUUCCGUCGCAUGUGUACUCCGUUUUGCUCACAUGGUAUAGUGGAGGACCCGACUUGGUACGCCAUAUUAUCGAGGUUCAAAACAAAUCAGAAACAGAGCUUCAAAUUGAAUUAUUUCCAUUAAUAUUACGAGUUGCGCGCGUGGAUCCUUCGAAUGGUAGUGUAAUUCGAUCUGGCGAAGAAGUUUUGCUCAGUCGAUUAAGUACGCCAGCUAGUCUACUCGAGGCUACCUGUCGUGUUCUGCUGUUGCUGAAAUUGAUGGACAAAGCUCGAUUGUGGUACUUUGAUGAGAAGACGCCUGAUCACAAAAUUUAUCUAGGUGAUGAGUAUCCGGAUGAACUUAUAAAGCUGACGCAAGACAGCGUAUUCUUGCUUGAAGCUCAAGAUGAUGAUGGUUCGUGGCCGCUUUCACAAAGUGUUAGUACGACCAUUUCUACACCAUCAAGGACCAGCAAUCAUCAGUCUAGUGAAGGAAAUGAUCGAAUUUGCGACAGUGAGCCUGGCAAGCCUGGCGCUACACCGAAAAAACAACAACGCGAACAACGCUCGUCUAUGCGUACGUCUGACAUAUGUUCCAGAGGGAAUCUUGGCGAAGCGUUAGGGCAACGAGGACCUGGAAGUGAAACUGGAUCUCCAACAAUAGAAGUAGAUCCUGUGCUUGCGUCUCCCGUUGUCAAAAAACGCUUUUCCAAGGACGCAUUUACAGGACCAGGCUUAGUAGGACUCGACAAUCUUGGUAACACGUGCUACAUGAGUAGUGCGCUGCAGUGUUUGAGCCAUACACGAUUGUUAGUAGAAUAUUUCAAAAACGAAGCCUAUCUCAAAGAUAUUAAUUUACGAAAUCGGGAUGGCACCAACGGAAAGCUAACUGCGGCCUUUGGCGAACUAUUGCGAGUUCUUUGGACUUCUGAUCGUAAACGGUUUGCUCCAAACGAGUUCAAAAAGGUUCUCGCGAAGUGUAACCCACAGUUUGCUGGGUCUGACCAACAUGACGCGCAGGAGCUACUUGCUUGCUUACUCAGUAGUCUCAGCGAAGAUUUAAAUCGCGUCGUAAAGAAACCGUACACAGAGCAACCUGAUAGCGAUGGACGACCUGACGCUUUGGUAGCUGAGGAAUGGUGGCAAAAUCAUCAAAAACGGGAAUUUUCUGUAAUCGUUGCGCUGUUCACUGGUCAAUAUAAGAGCCUGUUGGAAUGCUCGAUAUGCCGGUAUGAAUCAGCACGCUUCGAGCCUUUCACCUUUUUACAGCUGUCACUACCUGAAAGCAACUCACGAUCUAUUGUGCUAACAAUAAUCUUUUGCACCGAUCGCGUUCCUUUGCGCUUUUCAGUGCGAGUACGAAAUAAUGAUAAUGUGAAGAUUGUGAAAGAGCAGGUGGCACUUUUUUUGAAAAAGGCAGAAAGUGAGGGGUUGGAGAAGGAUGAAGCAAAAAGUGCAUACAAGUUAUUGGACGCAGAUGACCUAAAUAGAGUGGUGCUUGCGCGAAUUUCCAAUUCUCACACUGUCGAAAUGGUUCUGGACGACAAAGUACCACUGACACAUAUUCAUGAAAAGGAUCAGCUUACAGCUUUUCAGCUGGACCUUGAAAAAGACAUAUUAUCUCCACCACUAAGAUCACUAGUGCAAGCAUGUCUACCUGAUCAGCUGCACGACACAGUGACCCAAGAAGAAAAAAGCACAUGUGUUGUGAAGGGGAAGCAAUUUACAGAGGGUGGGACUUUGGAGCAAGCCAAUUGUGCAUUAGUAGAUAGCACGAUUUUGGCUGAUCAUAAUGAAAGUGAAAAAGACUCACCAUUGUCUCUGCCCGCAGAAGGUGGUUAUUUCAACGAUAAUGAAGAGGAAGACAAAGUCUUUCCUAUAGGAACUUCUGUCUUUGUUCGUAUUGAAAAAGCGAAAGAUGCUGUCACUGCUCGUGUGAUCGGAAGUAGCGCAAGUUCGGCUACUGUGAACGUGGCGUACCCUUCCGGGAUCCGUCAGUACCAAAUACCAUUAUCAAAAGUAGUUGAGCGCCAACAAAGUGAGGCAUUCGUCUUUCUAGUGCACCGGCGAGUGGAACGAUCAACAGACAGCUUUACUAACGCACACAUCACACGAUUGUUUGGCGCCCCAUUACUGAUUCGUGUAUCACUACGCGCCACCCACCUGCUCCAUCUGAUUUUGACGGUAAGCAUUUAA